ACAGGACAGCCUCUUCUACCUGGGACACAGCCCAAGUAGAUUACUUUUUGAAUCCAGGAUCAUGGACCCCGAAGGCUCUCCUUUCCACGAAGACAUCGACCUCGUUCCUCCUUCUCCUCCUCCCAACGCCCAAUUCGACUUCGUCAACGAUUCCAACGUUGCCCAUACACCUUCCUACGCCGGAUCAUACAACAAUUCCCCAUAUUCCGUCCACUCAGAGCUCUCCUUUGACGGCGACGACAACGACAACAGUUUUGGCCUUUUCGCGGGCGGUGGCGCUCAAACUGCAUCCUACGAUCCCUCAGAAUACGAUACUCCGGGCGGUUCUCUCCUAAUGUUCAACGAUACGGAUUACAUCUACGAGCAUCAAGUUCCCAUGAAUAUUCAUCACCCAGCACCUUACGGCGACUAUUCUUCCCCGUCGUCUAGUAAUGGUGGUGGUGACAGUGGCAAUGAGGGCACCAACGACCCUCGUUCAAGGGCCUCCUCAGUCUCCUCUAAUCACCAUCAUCAUCAUAUUUCACCUUCGCCACAUCUCCAACCUCAACAUCUCACUCCUUCUCCAAGAAUGACGGUCGCCCAAUCCUUUGAAGGAAUGUCUUUCCAAUCUCCCAGUUGGCCCACGGAAUCUUUACCCAUCGAUAAUCAUUCUCCACGUCAAGCCCACUUCCCUUCCAAUUCUCGAAGCAUGUCUCCCAACCCAAUAGGCAUGCAGCACAAACCACAGAGCCCCCCUCGUCUUUUGAUGCCCGAUUCAGACGAAGGCUUCUCUCGGCCACCACAAAUCAAUGCACCAGAGGGAGAUGGUCGCGACGGGGCGUCUGGUCCAAGCUUACGCAUCGUCCCAGCGACGCCGAUCAGUGGUGGCGGCGCGAACGAUGGUCCUAGUCUGCUUUUCAGAAACGGGCCGUCCCUUACUCCCGGUUACCAACCACCACAACGGCAUCAUUCUCUUUCCCCUGCGCCCACCGAUUCAAUGGAGUUCAAUCACCCAUCUUCGUCAUCAUCGUCUUCCACCGCACACCCAGCAACGGCAACGUCGUCUUCGCAACUACUCGGCUCUGCUUCCACGAAUCCCAAAAAUAACACCACUUUUCUCUUUCCUCAAGGCGCCCCGCGCACUACUCGGUCCAAAUCAGACGGAGCGCUCGAACCACCGACAUGGGAUACCGCACCAUCGUCAAAUCUUAUGGCAGGUGACACCUCUGCCAUAAUGGACGACUCUUCGCCUCCAGCUGGUGGUGUGAACAUGAACGAUGUCUCCCCAUCUUCACCUCCAUCUCAUCAUCGACGUGGUGGCAUGAACGCCCAUUUCACAUUUGGUGGCACUUCAAACGGAGGUGCACAGUCUGGUAACAACUUUUUGAGUCCAGACAGUGGAACCGCACUCAGGAGAUCCAGAAGCGACGGAUACGGGCGGACGGGCGGUGGUCACGCCCGGCAAAGCCGAAGCGAAGAUUAUCGAUUUGGGAUCCCCGGAGUCAAUGUAUCAGACGGACAAGACACAAACGGCGGUGACAAUAACGGACUUUUAUUCCCUCCGACCUCUCACGACGAUUUUGUUCGACAACAACAACAAUUGCGGAGCCAACCCUACUUAAGCCCUUCAGACGGGCCUAUCAGGCCACUCAGUGCUGGUCAUGGGCACAGUUAUUCGUAUUCCGGACCGCCAACUAAUAACGUGGAGCUCGGCCUCUCUGGAUCCCAGCUACCCAACUUGGGCGCUGGCCUGGGGUUGACACAUAUGGGUUCUAAUCAAGGACGCCGACCUGCUAGUAGUCUGGGACAUUUCCGUCGUACAUCUAGCGGAACACGGAGCGAACGAGGUGCAUCGAAAGGGUGGGAUGAAAUAGAGGGACCUAUAGCAAACAGCGUUCGUGCAAGUCCUUAUCCUUCACCGAAUGUCAGUCCAAGGGGAAGGUAUGGAGAAUUGCCACCUCCGUCGACCGAGUUUGCAUCACAUCAAAGAUCGCAGUCGGAUAGCGGAGGUGGUCCGUUGUUACCAUCUCAAGGGUUACCUCCACCCAAUAUGUUGUUCAGUGGUAGUGAGAUGGGCAUUUCCGCACCUGGCGCUAUGCCUGGCUUCCACAACGGUAUGGGACAUGGUCCUCCUGGUCCUAUGAGCGUAGGAUAUGGGGGUGGUGGUGGUGGUGGUGGACCGAAUGGGCCGAUUGGACCUAACGGUAUGCCCAUGCACGCAGCGGUCACUGUUGGAGGGACGACGGUUCCACUUGCGGUAACGAAGAUGACAGUCACCACCGGCAGGACUGCACGGGCUAGCCAUAAUCGACGAAAGCAGGAAGCAACAUUUCACUGCCCCGUACCCGGUUGCGGAAGCACAUUCACCAGGAGCUUUAACUUGAAAGGUCACAUUAGAUCUCACAACGAAGAGAAACCGUUCGUAUGCCAUUGGCCUGGGUGUGGUAAAGGUUUUGCUCGACAACAUGAUUGCAAGAGACACGAGCAACUCCAUACAAAUUACCGACCUUUCACAUGUGAAGGAUGUCAGAAACCGUUCGCGAGGAUGGAUGCGUUGAACAGGCAUCUACGUUCUGAAGGCGGUGCCGAAUGCCAGCGUACUCUUGAACAAAAUGGUACACUCCCACUUGGAAUGGCUUCACCUCCCCCAGCCGACAAUAAUAGACGAAGUAAAGACGCUCCAGCGAAGUCGCUUCCAAUCCCAAUCACGUCUCUAAAUGGUACGAAGGUGGAGCAGUCAGAGGCGCAAUGGAAAAUGGAGGAAACAUGGCCGCCUAGUGCUCUCGGCGUUGCCCUGUAAGUCUUCUAGUUUGUGAUCGCACCUUUUCUACCUCUAGAUCUUGUCUUCUUGCACUCCUGUCUUGCUUAUAUUAUAUGUCGUGUUGUGUUUCGAUAUCUAUUAUCUAUUCGACUCGGGACUUUCUUGUCUGUUGCUCUCCUCGUUCUUUGUACUUUAGUCAAAGUUCGCUACCCUACAGCUUUUCCUUUCUGUCCUUAACUGCUCGGCUAUUCAAUUUCUCUCUUCAGUGGACAGGGACAGAGGCGUAUAAUAUCCCCUUCGUUCUGUUUACAGUUUAGCUCUCUCCGGAAUACUCAAUUUGAAGCCAAAUUUGUACUUUACUCCUGCAGUAUGUCAAUCUGCCCUGUAGCGUAUAGUUAUCAUGUCUCCAUCUAUCUUCGAUAUCGUACCAUGUAGGAGCAGAGUUCGGGAACCUAGACUUCCAAGUACGUAUGAUAUUUCACU